UCUUUAUUUUGGUUUAUAAGAGAUUGUACGGGACUUUAUAAUUAAUAUUGCAUUUCGAAACCUUUGUAGAAUUCAGAAAACUGCGAUUUAAAUGAAGAUGUUCAUGUUUUUGACGUUUUCCCUUUUGUUUUCAAAUGUGCUGGCCUAUCAGUUGAAAUUUGAUUUGAAUAUCAAAGAAGGAAAUUCUAGAUUUGUGGAGAACAUCCAGACAGAUCUACAACAGAAUACUGUGCGAUACGAUGUGCCAGCUCACAACAAUGUGUAUGAAACACAUCGACUACAGGAUUUCAAAGCUGGACUCCAGGUCAUGUGUUUUCCAGCGUUGAAACAUUGUAGACUGAGAGAGAUGAAAAGCACUACUGUAGCUGACGCAGGAAAUCUGACGGAAGCGUUGGUGCACAGCUGGAACCAAGGAGUAAACAGUAUUUCCAGUGACAAUUCCGUACUAGUUCCAGAAUAUUUUUAUUUGGAUAGUGAGAUAACUGACACAGUUUUCAUGGGGGAAAAGCUUAUAAAGUUCUACCAAUCAUUUAAAUAUCCCUUGUUCAGAGAAAUUAAAGUACCAAAUGAUGGUGUUCUCGUUAACAUGACAACAAAACAAGGACAACGACGAAUGAAACGCAGUGGGUAUCAGACUUUGUCUAACGAUUGUUUGGGUGAGACAUUUAAGACUGUCUACGGUAUAGAUUCUGGAAGGUCGUGUAACUAUAUGCGGAUCUGCGAACAGAAAGCUGAAGUAAACGGAGAGUGGGUGUUUACGGAUUGUAAUAAUGUUCACAUUACGUCACCACUAGUUUACAGAUGUCAAUGUUGUCCUGAUGUUGAAAACGUGUCCCUUCAUAGUGAUCAGUGCACAUGCCAAAAAUUAAAUAUGAAGUAAUGUCCGUGUAGAUAUGAACAUUAUCAAAAAUGACAGAACAAGAUAGAAAGAUUUGAUUCCAAUGAUAGAUAAUUUUAGAUAUGGAGAUUUUUCAUUAAAUAUUUUAUAAGUAAAA